AUGCUCUCCGUCGCAACACCCAUAUCCUCCUUCGACCACCGACCAAACGUACCCUCCCCGCUCUCCUCAUCACCUCUGCGCGCCUCUUCGCCCCUAUCCCCCGUCGACAGAAACGCCUUUCCCCAGCGCCAAAUCCAAUCAUCGCCCAUCCAACAGCCCAAAUUCAAAUACGCGUCACGACCUGUACGCCAGAAUCCGCUGCUACGAAAGCGCGAAGACGCGCAGGAAUCAAGACGGCGGAACUUUUUGCAGAGCGUGAGGCAAAAGGCUGAUGAGAAGGCGUGGCAGAGACGCGAUAUAGAGGGACAGUUUCUCAAGAAUAGCUUGCUGGCUGAUAUUGGACGACUGUCGCAUGAUGCACCCGCGUUUUCGGACAGGGAUCUAGAAGAUGCGAUGACGUUCCGGGAGAAUGAGCGGAUUCAGAAUGAUGGGAUGGAGGUGUGCCCGGAGGAGGACGAGUUGGAGGCAAUGGUUGCUUCGUAUGAGCGGGAGAGUCGAGAAGUGAGGCCGCCGUCACCUACGUUGUCGGAUGAGGAGUAUGAUGAUGUUUUUGCCGAGCUACUUGCACAGGAAGAAGUGUGUUCGCAGCCACAGUCUUCUGCGGAGCACAUGGAUAUGUCAUGA